AUGUUGGACCCUACGUUGGCCUCGUUUCCCCUGGGAAGCGAAGAAAUGACCCUAGAUGACAUCAACUCUUACCAACUCGAUCCUUCAUUCCAACUACCUUCUCGCCCGCCUUCGCCAUCAAAGACUCGCGCUAAAACAAACCCAGCCCAGCACGUCACGGGAUUCCUUGCUCAAGGACAUCCUAUUCAACAGCUUGACUCGGCAGAUGGUAGUGUCUCUGCACAGUACUUCGGACCAUCCGGUGAGAUGGAUCCAUACAUUCUUCAGCAUAUGCUUUUCCCGGAGGACGGAAAAGUAGUUUUCGGACAGUUUCAGUAUCGGCAGUUGACAAGUUCUUAUUCGCACGAUGAGCAAGAGUCUUGUGUUCCGGCGAAUUUCUUGAUUCAUAUGAACAGGUCUCCUACCCUUCUAUCGCCAGAAGGCACAAUCUAUCACACUCAUGAUGUAUUGCUCGAAAACCUGAUAUCCACCGAACAGGGCUCGCAGUUGAUUGGGUUAUUCCUCAGAUACAGGUUCCCCAACAUUCCAGUUCUGUCUCGCAGCCAUCUGAAAGUAAGAACGGAAACCUUGAUUCCCCAAAUCAAAGUAACCGAAUUACUUCCACCGUAUCUUCUUGCCGCCAUUUACGUUUCAGCGGAGCCAUUUAGCCGAUACGAUCCCAUGCUGAAUGUUUGUAAUGUCAAUACCCCAUUCCCACGUACAGAACUCCGCGAGAUAGCGUACCAAGUAAUUAUAAAACAAAUGCAUUCACCAAAUCUCCACCUCCUACAAGCUCUUUUGAUCUAUCUCCAGACGCCCCAAGACCAUGUUAGAACCGCGUCUGCGGAGGACUCCAGCAAAUGGUCUUUGGUAGGUUCUACUGUGAAUAUCAGUCAUCACCUUGGGCUUCAUAUGGAUUGUUCUAGUUGGCCCAUGCCUGCGUGGGAAAAGCGGCUUCGCCGCCGAAUAUGGUGGAUAGUCUACUCCGAAGCCGUUUGGAGACCUCUUUUACUUGGAAUGCCUCAGUUAAUAAAUGAUGAUGACUGGGAUGUCAGCCCCCUAGAAGAUAAUGAUUUUCAGAUGGACCAUUUAUGGUGCCCAGCUGAAGAAACUGCUGCAGAAGAGCAAGCUCAUCAAAAACCCUGCCCGUUCUGUCACGGCGGACGUGAUUUCAAGUACUUGGCCGGGCUCUCAUUGAUUGCCUAUGACACACACAAAUCUUUAUUUACCAUGGGUGCAACCAAGAGGUUAGCUACCAAUUUCUCUGCUUCAUUGGUAGCGGGGAAAGAGUUGCUGGAAAAGCUUCAUCAUUGGAGAUCAAGGACACCUAUUCAAAUGGCCCCAGAAAAUGGCUUAGAUGCAGAGCCCCGUUUUUGCUUUCAUGCAGGCUCAUCGUCCCACCUGAAAUUGGCAUGUUUGACUUUAGAGACUCUUAUCUGGCGAGCCAUAACGAGACCCCUAAGCAACUUGGUGGCUCGAGAAACGUACCUUUCGGAUGCAAGAGAGUACCGCCCCAAAGAACGAUAUCAGGGUCGACCAUAUCCCAAGCAUGACUGA